AAAAACAAAAGACCAAAGCCGAAGGCAAAAAGAAAGAGAGAAAGAAAGAGAGAGAGAGUUUCCGUUUGUUUAAUCACACACUCAUUGACAACUCUUUUCAUUCAUUUUAUCUUUAUCUUCUUCUUCUUCUUCUUCUUAUAUCUUCUCUUUUUAUUUCUUGGUUUUGGAUUUUAUUUAAUCAAUUUAUUUAAACAUUUAUAGAAAGAAAGGAAAAUCCAGAAGCUGAAGUAACCAGAAGCGCGCCUGUUAUUUACAGUUUUGAUUUGAUUGAUCUAUAGAUCUAACGGUUUCAAUUCCACAUGUUCGUUUAGAUCUUCGUCGUUAUCAUCUGUUUUGAUUCAGUAGCCGAACAGAGAGAUUGCACAGAUAGCUGAAUUUGUGUUGAGAGGGUGUGUUGAAUUGGUACAAGUGAUAUUACAAUUGUGUAUUGCAUCCGAUUCUGGAUGUGGAGGCAUUGGAGGCUGUUGGCCCGGGUGAGAUGAGGGAUGUUAUCAAGAUUGAUGAACUUCCUGAGGGCCUGCUGGCGGCCGUCCUCGGACCGAUAUGUCCACAUUAGUACGGAUUCAGCAGGCCGGCAAGAUGGGCUCCUUUGGUACAAAGACACUGGACAGCAUGUGAAUGGUGAAUUCUCUAUAGCAGUUGUUCAGGCCAACAAUUUGCUUGAGGACCAGAGCCAGGUUGAGUCUGGCCCCUUGAGUUCGCUUGAAUCUGGUCCUUAUGGUACUUUUGUUGGUAUAUAUGAUGGUCAUGGUGGGCCAGAGACCUCUCGUUUCAUCAAUGAUCACCUAUUCCAGCAUCUAAAGAGGUUCACAGCAGAGCAACAAUCCAUGUCUGUGGAUGUAAUACGUAAAGCUUAUCAAGCUACGGAGGAUGGAUUUUUCUCCGUUGUUACUAGACAAUGGCCUAUGAAGCCGCAGAUAGCAGCUGUUGGAUCUUGCUGCCUGGUUGGUGUGGUCUGUGGUGGAACCCUAUAUAUCGCUAACCUUGGUGAUUCUCGUGCUGUGCUGGGGAGGCUUGUAAGGGCAACUGGGGAAGUUCUUGCCAUCCAGCUUUCAUCAGAGCAUAAUGUGGGAAUAGAGUCUGUCAGACGAGAGAUGCAUUCUUCGCAUCCGGAAGACUCACAGAUUGUAGUUUUGAAGCACAAUGUGUGGCGUGUAAAGGGCCUCAUACAGGUUUCUAGAUCUAUCGGUGACGUAUAUUUGAAAAAGGCUGAAUAUAACAAGGAACCUUUGUACGCAAAGUUCCGCCUUCGUGAACCUUUUAAGAAGCCAAUUUUAAGCUCGGAGCCUUCAAUUUCUGUGCUUGAACUUCAACCUCAUGAUCAGUUUGUCAUAUUUGCUUCUGAUGGACUGUGGGAGCAUCUUACCAAUCAGGAAGCAGUUGAUAUAGUUCAGAAUCACCCACGAUUCGGGAGUGCUAGGAGGCUUGUGAAAGCAGCGUUACAGGAAGCAGCCAAAAAGAGAGAAAUGAGAUACUCAGAUUUGAAGAAGAUAGAUCGUGGGGUCCGCAGGCAUUUCCAUGAUGACAUUACAGUGAUAGUUGUAUUUCUUGACACACAUUUAGUGAGCAGAUCUAGCUCAAUGAGAGGCCCUUGUUCAUCUGUGAGAGGUGGUGGUGUUAGUCUGCCUGCUAAAACACUGGCCCCCUGUGCCACACCCACAACAAUGGAACAACUUAACACUACCACGCAACUUAACACUACCUAGUUACAGACUAUGCCAAAAAAAGAGCUUCUAAUAUCACUAUCCAUCAAGAAAAGAGGAAAGAAUCAAGCAAGGUAAAAGAGCUGUUUGGUGCUGCUGCCUCCGCUGCAAAGGGUGACGUUACAGAUUCUUUCUUAUUACACUUCCUCUACGCAUUCUUCUCUUUUUUGUAUUUUUAUUUUAUUUUUAAUCUUUGGAGCUUUUGGGUUUUGUAAAUUAUUAUGUGGGUUAGAGAACAUUAUCACCUAUAAAUCAAAGCUUCUGCAUCUUUUGUUCUUUAUCCUGUUGUCCCUCUAUUAUAUUUACAUAGACUGGCUACUAAAAAUUUCUGUGUCAUUUACCU